AGGCGCUUCUCUGUGACACGUUUCCGGCCAUCCUUUUUUCCUUCCCAUGCGGCGCUGUGUGCGGAGUUUUAGACAGCCAUGGCCCCGCCGGUCUGGCGUCAGCGGACCCUGAAGCGGUGUCUGGACGAGGUUGGUAAAAACACAGGCCGGCCGGAGUGCUUCCUCACGAUUCAAAAUGACUUGGCAUCAAACUUCACGUCUUUAACAAAAGUACUUUAUGACUUUAAUAAAAUCCUAGAGCGUGGCAGGAUCGACGGAAGUCCUCUACAGAAACUGGUGAUAGACAAGUUUGACGAUGAGCAGAUUUGGCAACAACUGGAACUGCAAAAUGAGCCAGCCUUACAGUACUUUGACAGUGCAGUUAGUGAAACCCUUAACGACGAAGAUAUCAGUCUUCUCCCAGAGAGUGAAGAGCAGGACAAUGAAGAGGAUGGCUCAGAGAUGGAGGCUGCUGGCCAGGAGGACCUAGACCAGCACGUGGAGGAGGAGCACGUGUCAGACCUAAGCGGCGAUGAACCUGAAGGGGAUGAGGCAACCAAGCGCCUGAGCAAAGGUGAUCUGCAGAAAAGCCCAGUUUUCAGUGAUGAGGAUUCUGACCUUGACUUUGAUAUCGGCAAAUUGGAACAGCAGACCAAGCUGCAAAACAAAAUGCCCAAGAAACCAAGAGAAAAGUCCAUAGUGGAUGAUAAAUUCUUCAAACUCUCCGAAAUGGAGACCUUUUUAGAAAACAUGGAGAAAGAGGAGCAAAAAGAUGAUGCUGAGGAGGAAGAGAUUGAUUUAUUUGAAGAUAUUGACUCGGAUGAAGAUGAGGGAGGACUGUUUGGAAGUCAAACACAAAAACUUAAGUCAGGUAAAAGUUCCAGGAACCUGAAAUACAAAGAUUUCUUUGACCCAGUUGAAAGUGAUGAAGAUGUAGCAAGUGUUCAUGAUGAAGAACUGGGUGAAGAGGAAGAAGAGGAAGGAGAAGAAGAAAUUGCUGAAGAGGAAGGAGGAGAAAGCCUGUCAGAAACGGAUGAAGAUUAUGACCUGGAAGAAACUGAAGACAGUAAACAACAUAAAGAAACCUCGAAAAGAGUGACCUUUGCUUUGCCGGACGAUGAGGAAACUGAAGACACAAGUAUCUUAAAUGUGCAGAAAGACUCUGCCGAAGUCAAAUCCUCUUUCGAAAAAAGACAGGAAAAGAUGAAUGAAAAAAUUGCAUCUUUAGAAAAAGAGUUGUUGGAAAAAAAACCCUGGCAGCUUCAAGGGGAAGUGACGGCACAGAAGCGCCCGGAGAACAGCCUCCUGGAGGAGACGCUGCACUUCGACCACGCCGUCCGCAUGGCGCCUGUGAUCACAGAAGAAACCACCCUUCAGCUAGAGGACAUCAUUAAGCAGAGGAUCAGAGACCAGGCCUGGGAUGACGUGGUGCGGAAAGAGAAACCUAAAGAGGAAGCGUAUGAAUAUAAGAAGCGGAUAACGUUAGACCAUGAGAAAAGCAAGUUGAGCCUCGCUGAGGUUUACGAACAGGAAUACAUCAAACUCCAGCAGGAAAAAACUGAAGAAGAAAAUCCUGAGCACGUGGAGAUCCAGAAGAUGAUGGACUCCCUCUUCUUGAAGCUGGACGCCCUGUCGAACUUUCACUUCAUCCCUAAGCCGCCUGUCCCCGAGAUUAAAGUCGUGUCGAACCUGCCGGCCAUUGCCAUGGAGGAGGUCGCCCCAGUGAGUGUCAGCGACGCAGCCCUCCUGGCCCCGGAGGAGGUCAAGGAAAAAAAUAAAGCCGGAGAUAUAAAAACCGCUGCUGAGAAAACAGCGACAGACAGGAAACGAGAAAGGAGGAAGAAGAAACACAGGAAGCACAUGAAAAUAAAGGAGAAGGAGAAGCGGAGGAAACUCCUUGAGAAGAGCAACCUGGACCAGACAGGGAAAUACAGCAAGGCCGCUGCUGCAGAGAGGCUGAAGCAGCUGACGAGGGCAGGCAAAGCUUCACUGUUAAAGGAUGAAGGGAAAGACAAAACCUUGAAGUCAUCUCAAGCGUUCUUUUCUAAAUUACAAGACCAAGUAAAAAUGCAAAUCAGCGAUGCAAAGAAGACAGAAAAGAAAAAGAAGAAAAGACAGGACAUUUCUGUUCAUAAAUUAAAACUGUAAUAUACUUUGACUGUAAUGUAAAUAUGAAUGCCUAAGUUUAUAUUCUCUCAGUAUUCUGUUUUAUAAAUAAAGAU